GGCGGGUGUUGCAGUCGCGGAGGGAUAGUCGUAGUGCGGGAGGAGCAAGCGGCGUGUUUCCGCUUCCAAUAGGGAGUUGGAAGACGGGGCUGCAUAAACACGGCAAUGGAAGCCGAGUUUCGGGAAAUCGAUGAACUUGGGAGUUGGAACGCCAUUUACCAGGAAAUUCGUCAGCAGUCCAGCGAGCUCCCCUGCAAAUAUGCCAAAUUACCCGAAAACAAAACAAGGAACCGCUACAGAGACGUGAGCCCAUUUGACCACAGCAGAAUCCGGCUGCAGCUAGGAACAAACGACUACAUCAACGCCAGCUUGAUCUCAGUGGAAGAGGCGCAACGAAGCUACAUCCUCACUCAGGGUCCAUUGCCGAACACUUGCGGUCACUUCUGGGAGAUGGUGUGGGAACAGAGGACGCACGGAGUGGUCAUGCUGAACCGUGUCAUCGAGAAGGGCUCUGUGAAGUGUGCUCAGUACUGGCCCCCUCGUGAGGAACGGGAGGCUGUCUUCAAGGACACCAACUUCAAACUGACCUUGAUCUCGGAAGACGUGAAAUCCUACUACACUGUACGUCAGCUGGAGCUGGAGAAUCUGUCGACUCAGGAAACACGGGAGAUCCUUCAUUUCCACUACACCACCUGGCCAGACUUUGGGGUGCCCGAGUCCCCCGCCUCAUUCCUCAACUUCCUGUUCAAGGUGCGGGAGUCGGGGUGCCUGAACUCGGACCAGGGCCCGGUGGUGGUGCACUGCAGCGCGGGCAUCGGCCGCUCCGGAACCUUCUGCCUCGUCGACACCUGCCUCCUGCUGAUGGCCCUCCGGGGGGACCCCGCGUCUGUGCAGAUCCGGGACGUCCUGCUGGAGAUGCGCCGGUACCGCAUGGGCCUCAUCCAGACCGCCGACCAGCUCCGCUUCUCCUACCUCGCCGUCAUCGAAGGGGCCAAGUGCAUUAUGGGAGACGCAUCCUUGCAGGAGUCAUGGAAGGAGCUCUCGAAUGAGGAGGACGUCCCCCCAGAGUUCACUCCGCCUCCCCCUCGGCCCCUCAAAGACCCCCACAAUGGCACGGAGAAGCCCCGCGCGUUCUUCGCAGGAGAGGACGCCCCCGAGGAGGUCAUCGAGAGGUCGCACAACGACAUCCGUACUCACAGUUUCCCACCGGAGCCUGGGCUGCGCAGGAGGGCGGGGCCGGACGGCGUGGCCACUCCCACUCCCACCGAGCCCUCGGACGGACACGCUGACCAGAGGGCCGAGGGGCAGGCGGAGCCGACCAAGGAAGAGGUGGAGAACCCAAACGGGGGGGCGUGGACACCCCUGCUGGCCAACGUGUGCCUGUGCACCGCUCUGGCCCUGAGCGCCUACGUCUGUUACCGCGCCUGUUUCCACUGAUCCACAUCUCUCCCCCCUCUCCUGCUCUUUCGUUCUCAUUCCUCCUCUCUCUCUCUCUCUCUCUCUCUCUCUCUCUCCUACUCUCUCUCUCGCUCUCGUUCCCUACCCACGCGUAACCACGGGGGGGUGGGGGGUGGGGGGCAGCCAGGCUCCGCCCAUUUUGGAAAGGUCAGAGCUCCCCCCCCCCCCCCCCAUGCGCAGCAGCUGGAAGCGAGAGAGGGGGCGCUGUCUGGUGCUCGACUCCCAUUCCUCUUUAUAAAAUGCAAACUGGGGAGAGUGGAGUUCCCACACUGGCAUUCCCCCCACCCCACAAACUGUCCCCUUCUCAGCUCAGGGCCUCAAUAUCAGGUGUCACAACCCAACAAUAAAACUGGCAUUCAUUCAAACCA